AUGUAUCCUUCCUCAUCGACACAGCAACCAGCAGCUAUCUGUGCCCUCAAGUCGCCCGCCGAUGCCAUUCACAUCCUCGAAGCCGUCCGACUAGGGCUGGUCCCCCGCGUCACCCGGCGAUUAACGGGCCAUGAGCGCUCCCUCAUCCGCCCCGGUACCGUAUGGGUCUGGGAAGAAGAGGAGACGAACAUGCGACGUUGGACGGAUGGACGUCGAUGGGGCGCAUCUCGUGUGGGUGGCGGUGGAUUUCUUGUCUACACUGAAUCAUCCGAUUCGUUGUCUCCGCCGCCCCCUUCUCGCCCCGACUCGCCAUCGUAUCAAGGGGGCUCGCAGAGUUACUACCCAAAUGGCGGAGGCCGUGACGGGCAGUCGUCUACACCACCGCGCAGGCCCGAACCGCUCGUCAAACAGACGUAUUCGACGAGCAUGACACACCCGCAGACUGGAAAGGUCAAGAAGUUUCACGUAGUCGCGUAUUCCUCCAAGCGUAAUCCGCAGGGCGAUGGCGCAAACCCGCUCCCUUUGCCCCAGCAGUUGCCAAAUCUCGCGCACAUCAAGAUCGUUCCGGGAAUCUGGCCUGACUGGGAAACGCGCCGUGAUGAUUACGGCGUGCGACGAGCUCCUUCGACCCCCCACAGCCACGGAUCUCAUCUGCCGCUGCCCCCCGUGGGACACCCCGGACACCCUCACGCACCGCCGCACCACAUUGCUGGGCCUAGCACGCCAGUGACGGCGACGGCUGCGGCGCCCUUCCCUCCGCCAAAGGGAUAUCCCCACGGGCCUAUCUCACCGCACCACGAAAUGGGGCCGGCCGUGCCAUACCCUCCUCAGCAUGUGCCGCGAGGCUCGCCUUCCGAGGCUCACGAUAGGCGCUAUCCUACCUACUACGACCAGCCGCAGCAUCCCUACGACCCUCACAGGCCGCCAUACCCACCCUACGAUGCUUACCCGCCCGAUCGGUACCCGCCUGGGCCUCCGCCUGACCGCUACUCGUACCCCUACUAUCCUCCCGGAAGAGUUGAUGCUCCUCCUCUGCCUCCUCAUCCUGCUCACGCGGUUUCGGACUAUCGUUACGAGGAGCAGCGCUAUUACGAGGAGCGUGAGCGCGAGCUUAGGGAGAGGGAGAGGGAGAUUGAUCCUCGAUCUCGCAGUCCUCGAGCGGGAUUUUACUCUGCUCCUCCUCCCAUUCCGCCAGCGGGCUAUUACCGCGACCCUCGCGACCCUCGUGAUUACCGAGACCCGCGUGAGAUGCGCGACAUGCGCGACCCGCGCGACCCUCGCGACUAUGGUCGUGAGAGUACUUAUCCCCCUCGGAUUCAGCAUCUCGGAAAGCGUCCUGCGGACGACAGACCGAUGACUGAGCUUCCCGAGCCGAAGCGCUUCCCCUCGUGGGCAACUGCUCCUCCGCAUGUCCGCCGCGGUCCCAGCCUGCCGCCCAUGCCUCCUCACGCCGAGCACUCCCCAACGGCGCACCGCGAGUCCCUUCCCCCGCCAUCGUCGCACGGCCGACACGCCUCGGGGGGCUCGCAGGGUUCGUCCUAUGUGCGUGUGAAGGAGGAGUACAUCGACCCGCGAGAGGGCGUGCCACGCGGGCCCUCGCAAUCUCCGCGCUAUGAGGGCAGUUCUAGCGUGACGCUUCCACCUCUUCGCCACGCAAUCCAAGAGGGUAACGAGCGCGGGCGCAGUCCCCAUCCCUCCGGCCCCACUGAGUGCUAA